UGCUCAGCUACACUUCUAGAAGAUACGGCAUAUGACUGGGCUGACUCCAAAGGAUGUCGCUCUACUUCAAAGCGCGCAGCCCGAAUGGUGACGCCAGCUCCCCGCCAAAACUUCAGGGAAAACAGUUCGUACGCCUGAUCGUUCUCCUGUUCUUAGCCUUGCUUCCCAUCUUCAGUAUGGUGGUGCAAAAUGCCCUCACCCUGAAAGAGGCCACCGCUCUUAAAAGUUCAGGACAGGAGACCGGCAACGAGAUAGUCUUCUCCACAGAGAUUGGUCAUAUCGUCCAUGAUCUGGCUCUGGAGAGGGGCACAACCUCUUUGUUCAUCAGCAGUGGUGGAGACACGGACGUAUACCAAAGAUUGCUUCGCAUUCAUGAGCAAACAGACAACACAAUAGGAAGCUUGAGUCGUUGGCUACCGUAUGAUAAGCACUAUCCUGACAAUUUCAAGUCUGCAGAGGAAUUCAAGACACAUCUGGCACAUCACAGAAGCAACGUGUGGUUCAAACUAAAUGAGACUACAGUUGAAGAGGAGAUACAAUUCUACACAGACAUCAACAAAAUGCUCAUCCACAUCAUGUCGGCAGUACUGAGUCGUGCAGAUACAUCUCAGCUGUGGACCACUGUCGUGGCCUACCAGAUGCUGCUAGGCAGUAUUGAGAGCACCAACCUUGAGAUGAACCUGGGCUGGACUUUCUUUAACAAAGGACCAGGAGGCUUUUCCACGGAGGAGCUUAUCUGGUAUUACGAGGCACUGGCGGUCGGCAGCUCCCAGCUCGAGAACGCCGUCGUUUACAGCCACGCCGUGGAAGACGACUUGGAGGAAGAGUUUUUCGGCACCUCAUACGAGAAAGAACUUAUCCGGCUCCGCAACCAAAUCAAGAAAAACAAAGCCUCCAACACCUCUGCUGAGAAUGGUGCAAAAUGGUUAGAAGUCAUGGAUGUAUAUACCCAUGUUUUGGAGGAGACAGACGAGAGGUUAUCUGAGAAGGUCCUUCAAAUCAUCGAUGACAUCCUCCGGCAAAACGAUGUCCGACUGAGUUCGGGGUUCUCUGUAUUGAUAGUGGUAGCCUGUAUAGGUCCAGUGAUAGUCCUUGGGGUGUACAAAAUGGCCAGUGAGUCUCAAGCAGUAGCAGCCAACCUGGAGAAAGUGACGACGAAGCUGGCAGACGAGCAGAGGAAAUCGGACAAACUCCUGUACAGCGUCUUCCCCUCCAUCAUUGUGGAGUCCAUGAAGAAGGCAGAAAAGCUUCCGGCUGAGUACUUCGACCAAGCCACCAUCAUGUUCUCAGACGUGGUGGGUUUCACAGAGGCCACUGCCUCCCUGUCUCCCCACAAGGUCAUCGACCUGCUCAACCGGAUGGACCAGGCUUUUGAAGCCGUCUUCACUCGCUAUGACGUGUACAAAAUGGAGACUAUGGCUGGUUCCUUCAUGGUGGCCUCUGGUUUACCGAGAAAGAACGGAGACCAGCACGCCGAGCAGAUCUCGUGCGCGGCGCUACACCUCCUGUCAGCCGCCCGGGCCUUCCACCCCAUGCACAUCCCCUACCCCAUGAAGUUCCGUAUCGGCAUACAUACAGGACCGUGCGUAGCUGGGGUGGUGGGUGAGAAGCGGCCCCGCUACUACGUCUUCGGCAACACCGUCAACAUCGCUCAAAGCUUGGAGAAAACGGCGGAACCGAGCAGAAUCCAGAUUUCCUCCUCAACAAGCGAGCUGCUCAUGUCGCUAGGGAGCGCAUUUAACCUGGAGCCAAGGGGCGAGGUCACGAUCAAGGACGGAGUGAAGAUGACAACAUACUGGCUGUCACAGGAGGGAAGGAAGAUGAGUCACUGAAUGUCUAUUGACGGCAUAGACUUGAUUAUUCAUCACAUUUACUUAGCCCAGAAAAGCAUUUUACUGAGCACAGAAAAAGCGAUAGUUGGAAAUAGAACUUCUCUAUCACAUCAAAUCAUAUAAGUUUGUUAUCUGUCCUCUGGUUACAAAAUGAAGAAAAAUU